AACAGAGUAUUUUUUUACUGUGGUAUUAGUACUUUUACUGAAGUAAAAGAUGAGAGUACUUCGUCCAGCUUUGCUGUCCUGUACCUAAACAGAUUAAACGUAACGCCGCUUACUGCCUGUAGGGACAGCAUUACACCUCGCCGCGUGUAAUCUACCGGAAAUAUAUUGGUAGAAGAAGAACCCCGGAAGUAGCGUCCUGCCUUUACUACGCAUCGUUUUCUUUAAAUGUAAAACAUAUUUAGCUGCUACAGUCGCAAUAUACCAUUUAUAUAUGUUUAUAUUCCACGAUGCCGUGGCGGUGCUGUGUUCCCGGGUGUAAAGGCUACGACGAGGCGAAGUCUAUGGGGGUCGUUUUCCACGGUUUACCGACGAGAGACCCGCAGCGCUGCCGCACGUGGCUCAAAGCGAUCCGGAACCCGCGGUUCGAUGAGGACACGCCGGUGUCCCGGUACGGAGGAGUGCGGGUGUGCAGCCUGCACUUCACACCCGACGACUACGAGCAGGACUUCCGGGCCAAGAUCCUGAACGUCGCGCCCAAACCGGUGCUGAAGAGCGGCGCGGUGCCGUCGGUGUUCCCGGGGAGAGAGCACGGUGAGCCAGCCGGGAAUGAGGCGUCACCGCCGGAUCCGAAGAGAACCAGAACGGAGACGAGCGUCGGCGCUGCAGGAAGCUCCUCUCAGUCGCCUCCGGCGGUGGACGAAAGCUUCUGCAUCGUGGUGUCGGUCGACCCUCGGGACCACGAGUUCAACACUACGACGUCAUCCGACGAAGACGCCGACGAAGACUGCGCCGUCGUCUACAGCCGCAGCCUGAUGGAGUUGUUCAGGAGGUGUCAGACUUGCGGGCAGCCAAUCACGGACAAGCAGCUCCUCCACUCGGGAGCGCAGGUGAGGGUGAAGUGGAGCUGUCAUGGCGGACAUGCCGGCGUGUGGAAGUCCUCUCCUCGCCUCAGAGACAUCCUCCCGUAACCCCCCCCCCCAACCCCCCAACAACUGCUGCAGUACACUGGACGGACUUUUAUUUUGAAAUUCAGAAAGAGGGACGCUGCCGCCACGAAGGAAACCGUCCAAAAACUGGUUCAGGGUCAGUUAUUCUAUUUUAUAUUCCACUUAAGCAUGAAGCAGAAACAACAAGCUGUCCUGUCCGUCACUAUCUCCUCAUAAUAAUAAUAAUAAUAAGUUUGUUUUUAGUGACAGAACCAGGUGUCUCUAAGAAGACUUCCUGAGCUUUUGGACUUCAAGCUGACGUGGUCAUGAAGAACAUCCACUGAAAAAGGUCAGUUUCAUUUUUAACUUAAGUGCAGGUCACACUGCCUAGCAAAUAUUUCAGAAUAAAAGCCCUGUCCAUAGAAAGAUGCUAGAGGGCUUUUAUUUUGAAACAAAGUGUCAAAUAUAAACUCAAACCAGAAACAUUACCAGUUUCAAUGUCUGUAUCUAAACAUGUCACAUGACAUGAAACAAAGUUAAUAUCUAUUAACUCAACACUUCCGCUUGUUGCGUUGAUACGGUCUUUUCAAAAUAAAGUUCCGUCUUCACAGGAAACUUAGUUAGGUUCAGGAAAAGAUCUUCAAAUGAGUUAAAUAAUCACAGAAGUAUUUGUACAUUUCUAUGAGCCUAUAAAUACUGUUUUGAAUUACACCUUGUUAAAUUUGUUCAUUUUGAUUUUAAAAACAAACUCUGUCAUCGCGCACAUUUAGCUCUUUGCACCAUCCUGAUUUAUUUUUAUAUUUUCACACUGUUUGUAGAGCAGCACAACUUGAGACUUGUUCUUUAGAUAAAUAAAGUUUUUAAAUCUUAUGUGAGAAUAAGGACAACAGACUGCAGACACACAGAAAGCAGCUUCCAAAAUAAGUCAGGUAGAGCAACAAAUCAGAUCAGUCGUUUUGUGAACAUGGAAUGUUAUUAUGAACUAAUCUCAUAUAAUAAUGAGCUCAUCGCUCUGUGUUUUAGGUUCCGUCGGUGUGAAUGAAGUAGAGUGUUCUCUGUUGAAGCUGUAGCUCAGAGCUGUGAACAGUCACAGUGUCCUUUAUUUAAAGUGAUCAGAGAACGAUGAACACAUGAUUAUAAAGUCUGUAUGACGUGUAUGAUUAUACACAGUCUAAAACCUGAGACUUAAAGAUUCAUCAUGUUUAAAAGUUUCCUCACGGACGUCACUCUGAAUGAUCGUGUUCACAUUUCACUGAAGCAUUCAGUGUUUUAUGAAUAUAAACUAAACUUAAACCAUUUGAGUUCUGACUUCACAAUAUCACAAAUUUGUGAGUUUGUUUCUUGUAAAUAAAGAUGUUUUUCUCAUGAAAUUGUGACUUUAAUUCCAUAAAUUCAAAAUGUAUUCGCUGAACAUGACCCCUGUACUUAUAAUAAUUAUUAUUUAAACUCAUACAUGGUGAUAGUUAUUACAGUAAAGACAAUUUAGUUGCUACUAAACUAGUGUUAUUACGGUAAAGACUGAAUUUAGUUGCUCUUAAAUUAGAGUUAUUACGGUAAAGACGGCCUCAGAGAGGAGACGGUCAUGAAAGAUACAUACGUACAUUUUCUCAUGUUUUUAUGAAUAUAAACUACAUUUAAAUCUCCAUUAAAGUUAUGACUACUUGUAAUAAUUAUUAUUAUUAUUAAACUGAUACAUGGUGAUGAGUGAGGUCUUACCAGCUUGGGCCAGCAGCUGAUGCCCACCCGUGUGUUGAGGCUGGUGUAGAGGAGGAUGAGGAGCAGCAGAGUGAAGAGGAAGGCUGAGCAGCUCACGAACUCAAAGAAGUAGAGAGCAGAGCAGCUGCUGCAGCUGAUCACCAUCUCCUCUAGGAUGAAGGCCACGAAGGAGAGGAGCUAGUGAGGAGAGAGGAAACAUCAGUUUAUAUCUCCUCUAGGAUGAA